GGAUCGCGGAGGACCGGCCCGCGGCUGAGGGCGGGCGGAAGGCGCGCGGGAGCCGAGGCACGAGGAGGAGGAGGAGGGCAGAGAGGGAGCCGUUAGUCGACGCCACGGGUGAGGUGAGGAUUCUACUGAUAGCAUUAUAGAUUUUUUCCAUAAGCGAUGCAUGAUGAAUUACAAGAGAACAGCCAACAAGUCUAACUAGAAGAGGUGAUGUAGAUUGAUGCCAUAUUAAUGUGGAUGGACGGCAAAAAGAUAGGUGAUGACCUCUCAGAGACAAGAGUAUGUAUCAAUUAUGACCUUCCGAACCAGGCUGCCGAUGGACUUACAACUGUUCAACAGCUGGAGUUUAAAACCUGUCUGUUUGAGGUAGUGGAAGAGCUUCGAAUACGUCGUGCUACAGAAAGCCGAUAUGAAGAGCAGAUCAAAAAUUUCGUGGUGGAAAAGCAAGAACUGGAGUGGCAAAAGGAAUCAUUACAGCGUCAUUGUAGUGUGCUAUCUAGUCAGCACGAAGAGGCAUUGGCUGCUCUGAAGAAGCAGUUUCAGACCCAAAUAGCUGCAGUGGAAGAAGAGAAGAGGAAAUUCCAUCUUAGUACAGAGACAAAAGAACGAGAAAUCAAUGGACUUAAAGAAGAAUUAAAAGUACUGCAGAUAUCCAAAUACAACCUGGAAAAGAAAUUAAGUGAACUGGAACAGAAGGUCCAACUGCAGACUGUAGCUAAGGGUAACCACCUUAGUCAACUGAGUGAAGUUGAAAAACGUUUUGCAACUAUUAGUCGCCAAUAUACCUCUGUUAAACAAGCUCAUGAGAAACUGGAACAGAAUGUGGAGGAGGCAAUGAGACUGAAUAAAAAGCUGAUGGGUGUGAAUAAAAAUCAGGAGAGUGUCAUACAUGAUCUGAAGCAGGAACUGGAGAAAGUAACUACAGACUUGAUAAGAUCCAAGGUCACUUCUCAUUGCAAGCUGGGAGAAGAGAACCUCCAUCUUACAACACUACGACAGCAGCUGCAAGAACUGAACCACAAACUGCAGAUGGAAGUGGGAUUAAACAAGAGGCUAUCUCAUGAUGUGUCCGCUGCUCAAGAAGAAAAACAGCAAAUUUUGAAAUCGCUGCAACAUACUCAGCAACUGCUACAGCAUCAAGAAUUGGCACUUGGCAGAGCUGAAACUGAGCUAACUAUUUGCAGGGAGAAAUGUCAGGCUCGAGAGAGGGAUAAUGAGCUCCUCAGGGAGAAGGCAAUGGAAAAUGAAGAUAGAUUUCAGGUUCUCAAGGGAGAAAAUAAAAAGUCUACAGCCCAGUGGAAAAUGGAGGAGAUGAAAUUAAAUGACGAAGUCAACAUAAUUAAGUCAGAGUUAGCCUCAGUCAAGGAGGCUUACGCUUAUUACCAGGCAAAACAGAAUAAGGCAGCUGCACAAAAACAAGAACAAACACAGCUAGCCCAGCUAAAUCAUUUAGAACAAGAUAAAACAAAUGAAGUAUGUGGACUCCAGAAUAGUAUGGGUGAAGCCUUGAUAGCUAUUGACCACAAAGGCAAAAUAGAAGGAAUUCACAAUGUAGCAGAAGAGGAAAGGAACCAAAAACCCAAGAACGAGGUAAAGAACAACAAAGAGAACAACAAGCACAGUCAAGAUGGAAUAGUCGACGCAGAUAACACAGUUGAAACCAGCAAUGUGUUGCCACUGGAGAUUGCAAAACUAUCUGCAGAGGUGUUGGUGAAGACGACUGAUGAUGGGGCCCCAAAUACAAAUGAAAACCAAUACAUCAGUCUAUCAGCUGUGAAAAUUGAUGCCACAGCUUCCAAAGGCAUUCAACAAGCUGAAACAGGAAACACUUGCUAUGAAGCAGACUCUGCAAGUGCAAACCUCAAGUCACAAUGUAGUUCUGUCUGUUUGGCAGAAGUCCCAGUUAAAGGAGGAAAGAUGCUCCCAGACAGUGCUGAUGCAUUAGGUGUCUGCAGUGCAAAUAUAGGUCAGCAGACAAACUCCAUCAUACAUAAAUUUGAUGGAGACAAAAGUGAAGCGGCUUAUGAUACAAAUGAUAAGACUAAAACCACACAGUGUGACAAAGGUGUCUUUAUAAACGAACCACCUAAGACCGAGGCCAGAUCAGUUCCUGGCAUUGAUGAAAUUCUACAAAAUGAAGCUAGUGCAAAUGAAGUACGAAGGGAUGCAAAACAAUCUCAGAACAAAAGUGUUACUGACCUUGUAUCUCAAACAAUAAUGCAUGAAAAUACAGACGAUCAGAAAUCUAGUUCACAGGAACAGCUUGAGCAAACAGAUCAACUGAUAGAAAAGAAGUGCAUUGAUAACUGUAAUACAGUUAAAAUAGUUCAUCAAACCUGCAGUAAAUCAGAUAUCAGCGCUACAGUGUUACCUGCUGACCAGGAUAACCAAUGGAUGUCAGUUGCUGCCUGUAUAAAUAGCAAUAACAUUGUUGACAAUAAACUGAAUGUUCCACUUCAACAAAGCAAUAUCAUCCCUGCUGAUAGUGAAGAGGAUAGCAUUGCCAAGGAAAUUGUUGAAAUGCAAAGUCCUGCUCAUAGUGAUCCUCCUGUGAAUGAAAAUAACAAUCUGGAAACUGUUAUUUCUGUGAACCAAACAACAUCUUCAGAACAUGUGUACAAAACUGUACUUAAUAGUGAAAAUCCGGACUGUGUGGAGAAUCUACAAAGCAAUCUGGCACAAAAGGAUGACUGUGUUUACACAUCUAGUAACCAUUUAUUAAAAUUAACAUCUGAUGCUGACCAUGGUUUUCCAACCCAGAGCUCCCAGAAUAUAAAGGAAAUUAGUGGCAUUAAUAGUGAUUCUGUGGUUACAGUGGAAAGUGGGCAAGCAGUGGUUAGUGAGAUGGCCUUACGUUCUGAAACAGAAGAGACUAAAGUUUCUUCAGAUUUGGCAGAAAAUAAAUUAACACCUCCCGUUGGAAGAUUUUUGGGAAACACAAACGCAGCUGUAUCUUUCAAGCAAGAAAAUACAAUAUCACCUCAUGAAGCAGCGUUGACAAGCAGCAAAAUACGUCCCGCUUUCUGGAAAUUUCAUGAUAUUACUUCUUUCAAGGCAAGCAAAGAAAACGACGACUUAAAGAAAAGCAUUGCAUGCUCAUUAUUAAGAGGCAAAUUGGAGUCUCCUAUUUGUUCAGCUUUCACCUUUGCAAGACAAAUCAGUGAGAUGAGGUUGAGAAGACCUAGUGUAACAGACUCUCCCAGUGCUAAAAGUGUGAGCGACACUUUUAAUGCCUUCAAUUCUCCUCUUUACCACAAGAGAGAUCCCAGUAAAGAAUGGAAUGCAAUAGCCCAGACAUUUUGUGAUAUUUCUGCGGCUCCAGAGCAUGAAACACCAUCCACUGAAAAACUUAAGAUUCCAUAUCAGUUCAGUUCAACUCACCAUCAAGAACAUUCUACAGAAUCAUCCUCUACUUGUUGCUCUAACAGAGACGUUAACCAUUCAUCACCAGUGAUCAGGCCGAGGGAAUUUAGCUUAUCUAACUACGUGCCUAAAACAACCACCCACGAGUUACUGUUCAAUGAUGAACAUGAUUCCGAGUUCCCCAGCUUGAAGGGGCAGAUUAAUGAAAUUGAGAGGUUCCUCAGCUUAGACCGGCUGAGACACACAAGAAAGAGGAAGGCUGAAGGGAGCAAUGAUGAGAGUGAAAUCAAGAUAGCACCAAUAAUUUAAUGUAUGUAUAUAGUUUGCAUGUACUUUCACUUAACCUCCAGACAGGUACUUGCAGUCAGGUAUGCCUCUUUGAGUGAAGUCAUUUGUUGGUGAUUUUUGUUGGUGAAUAAAUAUUUAUGGUUAAAGGUUUCAAAUACAAGUUACUGUUACAGAGAAUAAGUAUGACAUUAAUAAUAAUCUUUUUAUUAUUUAUUAUUAUUUUAUUAUUUUGACAUUGUUGGUGUGUUGCAUUAAGCAGUUAACAACAUAUU